CCUCCGAGCGGAUAACACUGCGUUGUUGUAGUUCUUGGAGUCCCAGCGACACGAUACACACCACCCACUAAACACAUACCCACUAAAUAAAACACCAGAGGAGCAGCCAUACCCAAAUCAACACCGAAUACCAGACACCAGAUAAAAGACAACACCGAGCUGAAAGCGAGUUGAGCAUUCGGAAAGAAUCGAAGCCAAAUUUGAAAUUAAAACAAAGCAAAAAUUUUCGGCAAAGCGGGGUGGAAAGGGAGAAAACCCAAGGUAAACAACAACAGAAGCCCAGUAAAAGGCCUUCGGAGCGAUAAAAGGGCCUAUAUCUUUUCUUGAGCUUGGAAAAUCAAUCGGCAGAAAGAUGGAAUGACCAAGACUCGCUUAGUUUGCCCCCCGGAAAAUGCUGGCUCAGCCAGCGGCAGCAGCGGCAACAAAAAAUCAAUCAGCAACACCAGCAGCAACAUCUGCAACAUCGGCGGCAGCAGCGGCAGCAGUAGCUAGGAAUGGCCAGCGACGUCGCGUGGCAGCAGCAACAGACGGCUGCAACAGCAACAGCAACGGCAACAUUGGCAACAGCAACACCAGCAACAGCAGCACCAGCAACACCCACAGAUUAAGUCAAAUGCAUUCCAACGAAGAGCCGCCCAUGACGGUGAUCGUCGAUGGGGGCGGUGGUGGUGGCAGCAACGUUUCCGUUUCCGGUGCGAGUGGCCAUCGGCGGGGCAGCCAAAGGUUGCGCAAAACCAGUUCCUCCAGUGCCAAUGCCAAGGCAUCGGCGAAUCCUGCGGAAAGAACGGGCAGCGGUCAAAGGUCGUCGCAUCGCCAGACAUCGAAUGCCUCGGAUGGCGGAGGCAGCAGGCGUCGCUAUCAGGGAAAGGAUCGCCAGGAUCGCGAAGAUCGCGAAGAUCGUCAGGAUCGCCAUCAGCGACGCGAACGGCAGGAGCAGCAGGUGCCACGCCGGCGGACGGGACGCCGGCACAGUGGAGCUUCCUCGCUCAGCGACGCAGCAGCAGCGGCAGUUGGCGGAGGAGCAGGAGCAGAAGCUGGAAGAUCGAGGAGGGGCGAUGGGGGAGGGGCGGUCAGCUCCUCGACCGCCUCCAGCUGCAAUGGCAGCUGCAGCUCCGACGACGGCGACUCCUCGCACACCUCGUCCUCCAGCUCGUCCAGCUCGUCCGGCGAACCGAAUCUGCCGUACCCCGGCUUCCCCGAGAUCUCCAUGAAGGCGCUGACGCAGUACACCCGGCCACGCAACUGGUGCCUGAUGCUCAUCACCAAUCCAUGGUUCGAGCGCGUCUCCAUCCUGGUCAUCCUGCUCAACUGCAUCACCCUCGGAAUGUACCAGCCCUGCGUGGACGACGCCUGUGUCACGAACCGCUGCAAGAUCCUUCAAAUCUUCGACGACAUCAUCUUCGCCUUCUUUGCCCUGGAAAUGACCAUCAAGAUGGUGGCCAUGGGCAUGUGCGGCAAGAACACCUACCUGGCGGACUCCUGGAAUCGCCUGGACUUCUUCAUCGUCCUGGCUGGUCUCCUGGAGUACGUGAUGCACGUGGAGAACCUCAAUCUGACUGCCAUCCGGACGAUUCGUGUGCUGCGUCCCCUGCGGGCCAUCAAUCGAAUACCCAGCAUGCGAAUCCUGGUGAUGCUCCUGCUGGACACUCUGCCCAUGCUGGGCAACGUCCUGCUGCUCUGCUUCUUCGUGUUCUUCAUCUUCGGGAUCAUUGGCGUGCAGCUCUGGGAGGGAAUCCUACGGCAGCGCUGCAGCUUGAUGCAAGCCGACGGCAUGGUCUAUCCCCUCACGAUUCCUGAAGUGUACAGAGUUCGAGUCCGUGUUAACUCCCUGUCGCAGUACUACGAGUUCUCCAAGGAUCAGGACUAUAUCUGCUCGACGCCCAACGAUUCGGGAAUGCAUCUCUGCGGGAACUUCCCGCCGUAUCGCAUCGGCUCGCUGGUCUGCAAUGAGGAGGCCAAGCUGUUCGACUUCAAUGAGCCGACGAACACGUCCUGCGUCAAUUGGAACCAGUACUAUACCACCUGUAAGCAGAGCGGCGAGAAUCCCUUUCAGGGCACGAUUUCGUUCGACAACAUCGGCAUGGCCUGGGUGGCCAUAUUCCUGGUCAUCUCGCUGGAGGGCUGGACGGACAUAAUGUAUUACGUGCAGGAUGCGCACAGCUUUUGGGAUUGGAUAUACUUUGUGCUGCUGAUUGUGAUUGGCUCGUUCUUCAUGAUCAACCUGUGCCUGGUCGUCAUCGCAACCCAGUUCUCGGAGACCAAGAAGCGCGAGAUGGAGCGGAUGCGACAGGAGAGGGCCAGGUACACCUCCACCUCGACCCUGGCCAGCAGCACAAACAACUCGGAACCAGCCACCUGCUACGCGGAGAUCGUCAAAUAUAUCGCUCAUCUGUGGCGACGCUUCAAGAGACGAAUGUUAAAGAAGUACAGAUUAUAUAAGUACCAGCGACAGCAGCGCAAGGAGGGCCUACUGCCCAACGCAGACAACUUGACCUUCUCGCCGUCGCGGAUCAAGUGCCACCAUCCCAAGUGCCCCAAGUACAGUAAUCGCAAGCCGUCCAGCAUCCAGGAUCAGAUGAUUACCGUCAUGGUGCCGCUCAACUCAGCAGCCAGCAACAACAACAACAACAACAGCACCAGCAGCAACCACAAUGGCAGCGGCAACCACAGUGGCGGGGGCAACAAUGCGGCCAGCUGCACCACAGUGGCCCUGGUGAAUGGGAUAAACGGCAGUGCCGCCAGUGUGACCAUGUCCUCGGCCCACCACCAGCAGCAUCAGUUGCUGCAACAGCAGCAGCAACAGCAGCAGCACUCCUCCUCCGACAACACGGAGCAGUCGCUGGCCCCGGAGGGGAUUCCCCGAAGUUCCUCACUGAAGAAGUCGACCGCCCAUCAUCAGCUGAAGCCCGAGGGCAGCGCCGCCGAGCAGAAGACCAUUCUGCUCAAGUUCCCGCAGCAAAUGAUCGAUUCCGAUCAACUGAUUCUGCAGUUGGGAAAUUUGGGCAAGAGCCAUCCGUGCACCUCGGGCUUCCUCAGUCCGCCCACAUCGGCCAGCCGACGUCCUUCGGUGAUGUUCAACGAGUACGUGCUGCUGCACACGCCUCCCGCCCUCAGCGCAGAUCCGGCGGCGGCGGGCACCACCACGACGGUCGCCACCACAGUGGCCACUGUUGCAGGAACGGCGGCGGCGGCCGCGGCAGCAGCAGCGGCGGCCAGUACCGGCGGUAGCAACUACGGCUCCGGCCUGAACAACCACCAGAACGGUAGCAGCGUUGCCGCCAGCGCAGCAAGCGCCGGCGGGAUUAACGAGAAAAGUAACAUCUUCUCCACGGAGAAGAUGACGCAAGCUGGCGAUGGAAGCAUCUGGCAGGUAAAUCUGCCACAGACCAUCGGCACUAUUGCCAAUCCCUAUGCCGAUUGCUCUGAACUGGGUAUACACGAUGCGAUGACAUGUCAAGAGCUCUUAGCAUUCUCUGUGGCCUUUUCAGCGGCCUUGCCGACGGGCCAGAGUACGCUAGAGUCCUUCUACACAUCGCUGGCCCGCUGCGAUCCUCACACCGCUGAGGCGUUGAAGGCGCACCACAAGGCGCGCUCCCUGACGCCGUCUGGUCAAAAUUCAACGCCACCCGGCGCCGAAGGAGCUUCUGUGGUGGUUGCCUCAACGGCCGGUGAUCCCGGACAGACGCUCGAGCCCUCGACUGUGUCGGCUGUUGUGGGGCCCAUACCAGACACGCAGGCGGCGAAUCACCGCCGCAAGGAGCACUCGCACCAUCAGCAGACCCACCAACAGCCGUCGCACUACCAGCAGGCACACCACCAUCACAAUAACAACAACACUACUAGCCACAGCCGAAACUAUCGCUCGCGGCAGGGGCAGGGCAACUCACGAGUGCGGGAGCCACGCACUCCCACUGGCAACUACAUGGAGGACUACGCCUGCUGCUAUGACCUGUACCAGAACGCCCUGUCGCCGCUGGACGAGCGGCCCAGGCAGAGGUCGCCGACGACUCGCUGCCUGAUUGCCGUCUACCGCUGCCUGUCGCGCGCCUGUAGCUGGGUCCGCCGCUACAUUAGGCGGUUGGUGGAGCACAAGUACUUCCAGCAGGGCAUCCUGCUGGCCAUCCUGAUUAACACCCUGUCCAUGGGCAUCGAGUACCACAACCAGCCGCCGGAACUGACCGCCAUUGUGGAGACGAGCAACGUCGUCUUCUCCGGCAUCUUUGCCGUUGAGAUGCUGCUCAAGGUGGUUGCCGAGGGGCCAUUCCGCUAUAUCGCUAAUGGGUUCAAUGUCUUCGAUGGCAUCAUCGUAAUUCUCAGCGCCAUUGAGAUCUGUCAGACGUUCAUGGGCAACGGAACGGGGGGCGGUGGCUCGGGUCUGUCCGUGCUGCGGACCUUCCGGCUGCUCCGAAUCCUCAAGCUGGUGCGCUUCAUGCCCAACCUGCGCCGCCAGCUGUUCGUGAUGCUGCGCACCAUGGACAACGUGGCCGUGUUCUUCUCCCUGCUCGUCCUCUUCAUCUUCAUCUUCAGCAUACUCGGCAUGUAUCUGUUUGGCGGUAAGUUUUGUAAAUUUUUGGACGAAUCCGGACUCGAACGCGAGUGCACGUGUCCCGAAAUAAUCAGCCGGCAUCCGCAAUGCGAGUGCGAUCGCAAACACUUCAACAACAUUUUGUGGGCCACAGUCACAGUUUUCCAAAUACUGACGCAAGAGGAUUGGAACGUCGUGCUGUUCAACGGAAUGGAAAAGACAAGUCAUUGGGCCGCAUUGUACUUUGUGGCACUAAUGACGUUCGGCAAUUAUGUGCUGUUUAAUUUAUUGGUGGCCAUUUUGGUUGAGGGAUUCAGUUCAGAGCGAAAUGAACGUCGCGAGCGCGAACAGCGCGAGUUGGUUAAGAAACUGCGCGAGGAGACGCUGGCCGAGAACUACAGCGAUGGUAUGUACGAUGAGUCGCGGAGCGAGGCGGACUCCUCGACCACCAACGAUAGUUACUACGAGGUGCGCAACCGCUGGCGAUCGGCGGAGGAUGUGCGCAAGCUGCAGGACUCCGCGGAGCAGAUCGGCGAGGCCAAGAGCAACGUGCACCGCCAGCGCCUGCUGCAGCCCAGCCACGACUACCAGAUCAACGAGCUGCCCGCCUCGUCUGCCGCUCCAUCCGCCUCCGGCACCUCUGGCGCCUCCGCAUCCGGCGAGCGGGACAGGGACAGGGAGCGGGAGCGGGACAGAGAGGCGGGCGGCAUGGGCGGCAAGGAGGAGGGGGCGCAGCAUGCCAAGCCGCGCGGCGGCCUCAAAAAGACAUACUCCAUCAAGGAGCGGCGCAGCGAGGCGCCCCGCCUCUCCAAGAUCCGGCUCGCUCGGGAUCCGCCCAUCAUCACGACAACGGCGGCCACGCCGCAGGACUCGCCCAGCACCACCCUGGAGCCGGGCAUGAGCUUCCGCCAGUGGGGCGACAUGGAGCCACCCAGUCCGCCCUCCCCCUCGCUUUUGCGGCCGCCGAACAUCUUUACCGGCGGACAGCGCAGUCUGGACGAGGGCAUACCCUCCAUCGAUCUCAUCCCGCCCUCGCCCGUGCUCUCCCACAAGCCCCUGAACAUCCUCAACGCCAGUCAGCUGGGCGUGGGCGUGGGUGCGGGGGUCAGUAGUGCCGCUGGCAGUUCGGCCAGCAUGCACAGCGUGAUCAUCGACGACAUCUCGAAGAGCUCCAGCUCGACGGCGGCGGCCACGCCUAUCUAUGUGCCCACCAUCUCGUCCUCGGCGGAGGCGCAGAGCCAGAGCCACAGUCUCAACGAUGUGAGCGUGGGUUCCAGCCCGGGCGGGGAUAUGCCAGUCCCCGGAAUGGGCAGGAGCAGCAACACUGGGGCCUCGACAAGUGGCAGUUCGUCCAGUGAACGCCUGCCCUUGGCCCCACCGCCCCAGCAUGGGAGUUUCAAGCAGCGAUUAAGGCGGGGCAGCUCCAAAAAGCGACGAUCCUCCGCCCUGGCCCUGGCCACCGAGGAUCAUCCGGCUCGAAGGACCCAGGACGAGGAAGAGGAGCAGCAGCAGCCGCAGCUGCAGCUGAACAACGGCGGCGACAACAGCUUUUUGCUGCGAAGUGGCGGCGCCGGGAUCGGCGGUCCCUCCCCGGGCGCCAAGGAAACGAAUCGCUUGAGCCCCCAGAACUCGAUAAGAAGGCUGUCGAACACGCUGAGCAUAGGCAGCGGUCCCGUGGGCAGUCGUCGGGCCUCGGCCUGCAUUUUCAACUCGCAGGUGUACCAGAACCUAAACCAGCCGCCCAAGCUGCGCCCCGGAUCCGGCCAACGCCGGAUGAGCUCCAUCGAGCUGGCCUUCAGCAAGACCUCGCAUCUGAAUCUGCACAACUUGGAGGCGAACCGCAAGUCGCUCUCGUACACGAACUCGAAGAUGGACCUGGACAAGUGGAACAAGUCGUACGGCAACCUCAACGAGCCGGACAACAUGCUGCAGCAGUACAUGGAGGCGCGGGACAAGCGCAAGAACUCCAUCAGCCACUACAACCUGAAGAAGCGGCUCGAGGAGAAGGAGCUGCAGCAGCUGCAGCAGCUCCACCAGCAGCAGCUGCUCCAGCAACGGCAGGACUCCUUCUCCUCGACCACCCAGCAGCAGCAGCAGCUGCACCGCUUGUCCAAGGACCAGCAGCAGCUGGCGAUGCAGCCACAUUCCAUGGUGCCAGGCGGCGGCGAGCGCUACUCCAAGCUCAAGAUGCUCAUCGAGCAGCUCACGCCCAAGCACUUUACCACCGAGCGCGAGGACUACUCGCUAUACAUAUUCCCAGAGGACAACAGGUUCCGGCAGAUCUGUACGUGGUUUGUCAACCAAAAGUGGUUCGACAACGUGGUCCUGCUGUUCAUCGCGCUCAACUGCAUCACCCUGGCCAUGGAAAGACCAAACAUCCCUCCAAGCAGCACCGAAAGAUUGUUCCUGGCAACAGCCAAUUACGUGUUCACCGUCGUCUUCACCGUCGAAAUGUUUAUAAAGGUUGUGGCCACGGGAAUGUUUUACGGCCACGACGCCUACUUCACGUCCGGCUGGAAUAUCAUGGACGGAUCUUUGGUUACCAUUUCCAUAAUUGAUUUGUUAAUGUCCCUGAUUAGCGAAUCGAGUCCGAGGAUAUUUGGGAUUUUAAGGGUGUUUCGACUACUCCGAUCCUUGCGGCCGCUGCGGGUGAUCAACCGAGCCCCGGGUCUGAAACUAGUCGUGCAAACGCUCUUAUCGUCCCUGCGUCCCAUCGGCAACAUCGUCCUGAUCUGCUGCACCUUCUUCAUCAUCUUCGGCAUCCUGGGCGUCCAGCUGUUCAAGGGCACCUUCUACUACUGCGAGGGCGAGAACAUCAAGGGCGUCCGCAACGCGGACGAGUGCCGCCGCAUACCGGGCAACGUGUGGACCAACCGCAAGUACAACUUCGACGACCUGGGCAAGGCCCUGAUGUCCCUGUUCGUGCUGAGCUCCCGCGACGGCUGGGUGAACAUCAUGUACACCGGCCUGGACGCCGUCGGCGUCGACCAGCAGCCCAUCGUGAACUACAACGAGUGGCGGCUGCUGUACUUCAUCGCGUUCAUCCUCCUGGUGGGCUUCUUCGUGCUCAACAUGUUCGUGGGCGUCGUGGUGGAGAACUUCCACCGCUGCCGCGAGGAGCAGGAGAAGGAGGAGAAGAUCCGCCGGGCGGCGAAGCGGGCCCUCCAGAUGGAGAAGAAGCGGCGGCGCAUGCACGAGCCGCCCUACUACACCAACUACUCGCCCACGCGGAUGUUCGUGCACAACGUGGUGACCUCGAAGUACUUCGACCUGGCCAUCGCCGCGGUGAUUGGCCUGAACGUGGUCACCAUGGCCAUGGAGUACUACAUGAUGCCCAGCGGCCUCAAGUACGCGCUGAAGAUCUUCAACUACUUCUUCACGGCCGUCUUCAUCCUGGAGGCGAACAUGAAGCUGGUGGCCCUCGGCUGGAAGCUGUACCUCAAGGACCGCUGGAACCAGCUGGACGUGGGCAUCGUCCUGCUGUCGAUCGUGGGCAUCGUCCUGGAGGAGCUGGAGACGAAGAUCAUACCCAUCAACCCGACCAUCAUCCGGGUGAUGCGGGUGCUGCGGAUCGCGCGGGUGCUGAAGCUGCUCAAAAUGGCCAAGGGCAUCCGCGCCCUGCUCGACACCGUGAUGCAGGCGCUGCCCCAAGUGGGCAACCUGGGGCUCCUGUUCUUCCUGCUCUUCUUCAUCUUUGCGGCACUGGGCGUGGAGCUGUUCGGGCGACUCGAGUGCUCCGACGAGAUACCCUGCCAGGGAUUGGGCGAGCACGCGCACUUCGCCAACUUUGGCAUGGCUUUCCUCACAUUGUUUCGCGUAGCGACUGGCGACAAUUGGAACGGCAUCAUGAAGGACACGCUGAGGGAUAAUUGCGAUGACGCGGCCGAUUGCGUUCGCAAUUGCUGCGUCAGCUCGGUUAUUGCUCCCAUAUUCUUUGUGAUAUUCGUGCUGAUGGCGCAAUUCGUGUUAGUGAACGUCGUCGUGGCUGUACUGAUGAAACACCUCGAGGAGAGCCACAAGCAAAUGGAAGACGAGCUCGACAUGGAGGUGGAGCUCGAGCGCGAGCUGGUGCGCGAGCAGGAGUUCGCCCAGGAGCAAAAGUUGUGCCAGCAGCUGGCGGAGGCGCAAUCGAAGGCGGCCGCUCCCCCGCGCCCCCUGGCCAAGGUCAAGUCGCUGCCGAAGAACUUCAUCUACAGCACGCCCUCGCUGGACAAGAAGUUCCCCCUGCCGCUGGGCACGGCCAACCCCAGCUCGAGCCUGACCAGCUCGGCGGCCACCAACCUGAACCAGGUGGCCGCUGGUGGCCCCGGAGCGGCCACAGCUGGCGGGGGUGCGGGCUCCGGAGCGGCGUCCGCCGCGGCAUCUGGGGCUGGACCACGGCGGCAGACCGUCCAGUACUUCCAGCAGCCACCACAAUCCAUGCUCGGCUUGAGUCUCGCCGAGAUGGGCGGCACGCUGACGCCUCAGGCGCUCGGCGCCCGGCUGGGCGAGCCCUUCGGCGGCCCAUCGACGGCAGCGGGAGGCGGAGGAACGGGCGAACCGCUGGCUGUGGGCGUGGCCGGCCUCCCGCUGCCGCCGCUGGACAAUCGUCGCCGCGGGCGUCGCGCCUCCGCGGCCGCCGGCUUCCGCAAGCGCGGCGUGCUGUCCAAGGAGCGCUCGCUGGACGAGCAGGCCAUCCGGAAGAAGAACCUGGAGGCCAAGCGCACAAGCUGCGACUCGCUGCCCUGGGGCGGCCAAACGUACUGGCAGGCCAUCCGGCGACGGAAUCUGGAGGCCAAGCGCACCAGCUGUGACUCGCUGCCCUGGGGCGGAGAUGCCCUCGACUGCCAGAGAGGCACGAUCUUCGAGAGCCUCGAGUCGGACGGGGGAGGAGUCGGGGGUGGCGGUGGCUCCUACGACAUACGGAGCGUGCGCAGUGCCGACGUGGGGCACUUGGAGGCGGAGGGAGACGCCUCCUCCGCCCUGUCGGUGGUCAGCGCCCUGGUGCCGCCCGUGGCGACGCCUCUGCCCCCGCCCCUGUCCUUGCCCAUAGCAACGCCCACGCCCUUGCCCAUGCCAUCGCAUCCGGCUCCACGCAGACCCUUCGGAUGGUCGCAGUCCGUGGACCAGGGAUGCAUGAGGAGCAGCCUCCUCCUCUCCGUUCCCAGAUCCAUGCCGCCGCGCAGCCGCAGUGGCAGCACCAAGCAGCUCUUCAAACAGCAGGCCUUGGACGAGGACGCCGACAUGGACGAGAGCUCCCUGCUGCUGCCCACAACAGCGGGGGCAUCUGGUUCAGGAUCGGGAUCGGGAUCAGGAUCAGGCCCAGGCUUGGUGUCAGUCAUAGCCUCGAGCUCGCUGGACAUCCCAGACCAGAGUGGCAGCGCGAAGCCCCUGCCGGAUCUCGCAGCGGGGGUCAGUAAGUCCGACUCCUCGGACAUCCUGCGGAUCAUCAGCGAGCGGCGGCGCAUGGAUCAGCGGGAGCAAAGGGACCCCGAACAGGAUCAGGACAACGAGGCGGAGGACAGGGACAGCGACUACAAGGAGCUGCUCCUGGUCAAGUCGCCGCAGUCCUCCAUGGACUAAUCGCAAGCAACACACACACACCCUCUCUAGAUCUUAAAGUAGUUAUCUCCAACUAGGCCAGGUUUACGCUAACCUUAAUGUUAACUGUAGAGCCGAUCAACUGGAAUAGUAGCUAGGGUAGCAGUUAAGAUAGUCCCUACCUGGCUGACCUAAUAUCCUUUAGUUGUCUAUCCGAAAGCUGUACACUUGGAAGGAGCUUACUUCAACCUUUAGAAGUCUAUAAUCUCUAUACGUGAACUUGGCCGUCAUUAAAGAAUACUUUAGGGAGUUUUCUAAACCUCUAACUAUAACAUUAGGCUUUAGGCAAAAGAUCGAAGAGUGUGGUGGGAAAACACACGAAAAUUGAUUAAUCGAUAGCCAAUAUAAACGAUAAACGGAGAGUGGUAAACUCUUAGCCCGCAAAACGAAAUAAAAACCAGUAAAAUAAACUUAAAAGCAAGCUAAGUAAGCAAGGAAAUGAAAGAAAAGCUAGUAAGCUAAAUUGUCAACUGUUUUUAGUGCAAUCCUACGGUUUUCAUAACUUUAACAAGCAGAACUUAUAAGAAAAACUAGAGCCCAAAAAAGAUCGCCAGCGAUCGAUCGGUCAAGAAGAUAGCUAUGUUUCAAGUUGAUUAGAGUGUUUUCCGUUUAAUGUAGCAGUCGAAGCCAAGGUUACCCGGAGGAGGAUGGUGGAUUAUAUACAAGUGUUAUAUGCGAUUUACAUAUAUGCAGUUAUAUUACAUAUACAGUUACUUAUAGGGAUACUGCAUUCGAAACAAAAUGAUGGAAAUUUGUGAACAAAGAAUCAUCAACUCUGUGAUUAGCUCUUAAAGUUUAACGUUCAUGUACGUGUAUGUAUGGGAGGGCGUGCCGACGCCCACACAACACACACCACGACGCUAUCUGUACAUAGAGGCCUGUAUGUAGCACAUGUAUUCGAGUGUAUUUUACGUAGCUAAGCCAAGGAAACACUAGGGGAGCGGUGCCGCGUAGAGCCCCCUGGGCGAGCCCAUUGAUAAGCAAUAGACAACUGUAGCUCUAAGACCGUACCUAACCUAAAAACGAAUAAAGCUGCGUUGUCCCAGGGCCAAGGCUACCUUGCCCCACGAAGGGAUACGGAAAAGGGGGAACAUACCAAAAUAAGAACUUUGCGCAAACGAAUUUACCUAGGUACUUAAACACACACUCACAGACACACCCACGCAGAUAGCUAUUACGAUCUGGUCGACAAUCUUUGCUAAAUCUCCCCUGUCAGUCUCUCUACCCCCCAAAGGCUUCCAGAACUUCAAGAUCCCGCCCCUGAUCAAAUAAACAGACAUCUGAAAAACAGUGCCAACGCAGCAAGGGUAUUCAGGAUGUUUUUUUUUAUAAAAAUAAAAUUACCUUCAAACUUAACCAAGGAAAGCAAAGAAUAGGGCAGCAAGAACUACAAGAACUUUAAAAAGUAGCAUUUAUAAAGAAAGAAAAACAAGAGAAACGUAGUAGAAACUUAAAGAUUAAUGUUUAAUGACUAUAUAUAGUGUAUAUAUGGAACUAUCAACGAAUUACAAUAGAGUAUCAAGAUAUUUCUUCAGAAGGCAUAACUAGAACAAGACAAAGUGCGAGGAAUCGAGACGACACUAACUUAACACUGUCAAUUUUUCAACAUGGUCUAAGCUAAUUUUUCAAGGAAACCAAAGAUCUAAGUAUGAAAACAAUUUUACACUCUUUGUACACACUGUAAAAACGAAGUGAAGGAGCUCUCCAGUUUAGAUAAACUUUAAAAUCAAACUUAGCGGACGAUUCGGGCGGAUGCGAGGAAGAAGAAGCAAAAAUUUAAUUAUACGAUAUUUCAUCUGUGCCUUUCUCUACGAAUAUAUAUACACACUUAUACAUAUAUGUAUACACACGAAUGUAUCCGACACUGUCUCUGUCUCUUUCUACGCUCCCUCUCCCUCUCUGUCACACACGCAGACACAAGGAACUCGCCUACACACCAAACUCACCACACCGAACAGUCACCACGCAAGCAGUGCGCAGUAUAACGGUAACGGCAAGCAGUGCCUCGCGUAACUAAAAUGCAACUCUGAGAACUACUUUCGAGGCAGGGCGAAGGAAUAAUAUCGAGAAACAAAACAAAAUAACUACUAAGUCUACUAAUAGAAGGAAACCGAAAUACAAAAAUACAACAUGGAAGUAAAAAUACAAAUAAAAUUAAACGAAAGCAUGAAGUUUAUAGGUUAACGCGCUAGUAGUUUUGAACUUUUUUUUGUAAUUUUUUAAUGUAGCCGCUUUGAAGUAAACCAAAUGAAACUAUAUUCGUUUUUGGUUUUAGUUGUGUGUGUCUGUUUUUUGUGCGAAGCGUAAAGCAACUAUAAAGAGCGUUUCUUCUUGUUGAUUAAUAAUUAGGUAAACUGCUACAAAACAUAAGUUAAACAAAGAAAAACGAAAAGCAAACAAAAACCAAAAACCAAAAACCAAAGCCAACAACAAAAUUAGAAAAGUGAGUUAAAUUUAAAAUUAAUGCCAUAAAGGCCAACGAAAUGCAAAACUAAGCCAAUUUGCUUUUAGCUCCAUGCAGGUACAAGUGACCCCCUCAGAAAUCACUCAUUCUUUGCAAAGUAAAAUAAGCCAAUUAAAUGUGAAAUUGUUUAAGAAAGGACAUAGGAAACUUAGCACUAUCCCCUGCUGCAAAGUGAGGAACCGGAACUCUGUUAGACAAAUAGCCAAUAGCCAAGUUGUAAUCAUUUCGUUGCGUGCCCUUUGCGUAUAAUUUGAAUGGUUCGAUUGGUUCCACUAGGUACGUGCAUAUAUACUGAGAACACAUACUAUGUAAAGCAGCGAAACAAAACCAAAAACGAGCAUUAUAAAUUAAAGAGAAUUUGAAAAGAA